AUGAUUCUAUGGACCCGUCGGGAGGCUGCCUUGGCCAUUGGAGCCCUGGUCUCAUUUUCUGGAUCCAAUGACGUACUUUUGCAAGUCGAGACCGAAAAGACUGCCCUCCUUCUGGGUGGAUUUUUGCUUCCAUCAACUGCUUAUGAAGCCUUCCAAGAGCCCCUAGCCAAGCUUGGAUAUUCUGUCGAUAUCCUUGCCUACAAUGAACUUCUCCAAAAGAACGAUGCUUCAUCUUCAGAGCAUAUACCGAUUGAAGCUCUUUCCAAAUCGCCGAGUCUUUUGCUAGGACACUCCAAAGGAGCCAAAACUAUCGCAGAAUGGAUGCCCUAUUGGACAACUGAGAGCUCAAUAAAUUCAAAAAGCCACAACACCAAGCCCACCUCGGCUCGUCACGAUUCGGUCCCAGCGGUAGUUUUGAUUGAACCGGUAGAUGUGGUUCCGCCUGGUGCUCCAUCCUACAGCGUUCUGGAAGAGGAUUGGUCCUCAAACCUGAGAUCUAUUAGUCAGAUUCCAACCCUAAUUGUGGCUGCAUCCUAUACACAUACUAGCUCCAGGUACGGAAAGGCCAAGAACCUUUGCGCUCCGCCUGGCCGGGAUGCCAGGGCAUUUUACGAAAUGGCCAUGGAGGCCCGAGUGCGAUACCCCAAAGCUGCAGCUCCUUUGAAGUAUGUCGAAUUCGAAACCUUGGGUCAUAACGACGUCGUAGUUACUUCCAGUCAAUCAGCAUCCAUUGGAGGAUGUGGCAAUGGACCGGAUCGAGCCAAAGGGGCGCAGCGUGUCACGGAAUGUAUUGUCGAUUGGCUAACCCACCUUGAUGCUGCGGAUAUUUGA